GCCACUUGCCACUAUGGGCAACAACAUAUCCUACCACACAAGUGAAACCAAUCUCCCCAUCACCAAUACCAACCUCACCAUCAAGGCCUGCAGAAUGGCACGCAAUCCCGACGCUUCACCGGCGUUCCAUACGCCCAACCACUAGUCGGACCUCUCCGCUGGCGCAAACCGCAGCCCCUGCCACUCUCGCAACUAGGGACCAAAUCUCCAACCUUUGACGCAACCGCCUUCGGUCCCGUCUGCCCUCAAGCCAGCUACUCCAAAUCCGUGAGUGAACAUGUCCCCGUGCACACCUACAGCGAAGACUGUCUCCGACUCAACAUCUGGACGCCCGUGCCCGACCCCGCCAAACCAGACAAAAGGUACCCGGUGAUGAUCUGGUUCCACGGCGGCUGGUUUCAAGUCGGCGACCCCAGCCAAGAGUUCGGGAUGGACCCGACCGAGCUCAUCUCUACGGGAGGUCUGAACUGCGUCUUCGUCGCAGUGGGGUACCGUCUCAACAUCUUCGGGUUCCUGGCCGGAGACGCCCUGCGUGAGGAGUCCGGCGGCCGCGAGGUAGGGAACUAUGGCUUGUGGGAUCAGCGACUGGCAAUUGAGUGGGUGCACGAGAACAUCGCGCACUUCGGAGGGGACCCAAACAAUUUGAUCCUAUCCGGUCGAAGCGCGGGCGCGUAUGCGGUACAGGCACAGGUGUUAUUUGAUUUCCGCGCGGCGCCCGACGUGAUCGACGCCGGAUCGCGCGAGCUCUUCCAGAAGCUGGUCAUGUACUCCAAUGCCAUCCCAACGCAGCCGAAGUCCCCGGAGGAUUGCCAAGUCCAGUUCGACGAGGUGUGCGCCUACUUCGGAAUCGCGAAGGAAGCACCAAGCGAGGAGAAGCUGGAACAACUCCGCAAGAUUGAAGCUAAGGCGCUAUGCGACGCCAUCAUGAAGCUCGAGCAUCACACUUUCCGAGCCGUCACGGACGGUGUCUUCUUCCAACCCGGCAUCUCCGAGUAUUUUCGAGAUGGCUCGUUUGCGGCGGAAUUCAAGCGAAGGGGUUUGCGCUUGUUCAUCGGGGAGGUGCGCGACGAAAACACACUGUACGCGGUGACGAACAGUCCCGACCCCAACCGGGAGUCCUUCCGACUGCAGGUUGAGAACUAUUACUCGCCAGCCACAACGGAGAGGCUGAUGCGGCAUUAUGCAUUGCCCUCGACCGACAAGAAGGAAGAAUGGCAGGCGGUAUUCGGGAACCUGAUUGCGGAUGGGCAGGUGCGGGCGCCGUCCCGGUUCUUGGUCAAGAAUCUGCUCGACCAUGGGGUCGGAAUUAACGAUGUCUGGCGGUAUCUGAUUGCGUAUCGCUUGUCAUUCAUCACGGAUCAGGUCGCCCCUGCAUCGUUCGGGGUGAGUCAUGCGAUGGACAGGCCGAUCUGGAAGUAAGUAUCCCCGACAGCCUUCAUUUAGUGGUAGGUCCUUAUUGACAAAUUCAGCUACUCCAUAAUGCAUGGACCAACCCGCGAGGAAAGAGUUUUGCUGGAGACUUGGAUCCGCAACUUAGCUGCCUUCGUAAACAACGAGGAAGGCUAUUCGUAUGGAACGCGUGUGGCGGACGAGUAUAAGGUGAUGACGGCGGAUGGAAA